AUUAACUGCAAACCUUGUAUCAGGAGUGAAGGACCGAGCAAGAGGAAGGGCGUAGGUGCGUUCCGGGGAGAGAUGGAUGUAGAAGCUAUGGGCAGAGAAGCACAAAAGUAUGUUUGGGAAGGGGCUAUUCCCCUCCAGAUUCAUCUCCAUGAAUCCGAAGUCACCACUCUUCCUCAUCCUUCUCCUGCUCUUGUCUUAGCACCUCGGAUGGGGUACUUACCUUUGUUACUUCCUCUACUCAAGCCACACUUCAGUAGCACACUUCCACCUGGUGUAGAUACUAUUUGGUUUGAGUAUAAAGGUUUGCCACUCAAAUGGCAUAUACCAACAGGCGUUCUUUUUGAUCUUCUAUGUGCAGAACAAGAAAGACCUUGGAAUUUGACGGUACAUUUUAGAGGAUACCCCGGUAAUAUUUUGACUCCAUGCGAAGGUGAAGAUAGUGUUAAGUGGAGCUUUAUUAACUCAUUGAAAGAGGCAGCAUAUAUAGUCAAUGGGAACUGCAAGAAUGUUAUGAACAUGUCACAAUCUGAUCAGGUGGAGCUCUGGCACUCUGUGUUAAAUGGUAAUAUGGAGACCUACCAACGGGUUUCAUCUAAGCUUAAACUUGAAAAAGUUGGAGAUCAGUAUGUAGGGAAACCAAAUUCAAACUUAUUAAAAUCUCGAACAAACACCGGUGAAACGGAUACUGGUGGACCAGUCAAGACAGGUAGAAUUCCAGUUCGUUUGUAUGUUUGGAGUGUGAGCAAGGAUUUUGAUGAUUUAGAAGAUGCACCUCAAAUUGAUAGUUGGGACCAAAUCUCUUACAUGAACCGACCUGUUGAGAUUCACAGAGAAGAAGACAAAUGCUUCACCUUACGUGAUGCGGUGAAAGCUCUUCUUCCAGAGUUAUUUGUGGAAAAAACCUUAAUUGAUGAGGAAAUACCCAGAAUAGAACUUGAAGAAGAAUCAAGAGCCCCUUCAGACGAUGAAAGCAACACGAGAAAUGAGGAAGAUGUUGAGGAAAAACAGGGUGAAAAUGUGGAGUGUUGCUGCCCAUCUGAUGAUGCUGAAACCAAGUUGAAGCUGGUCCGCAUCCAAGGGAUUGAACCAAAAUUGGAGAUACCUUUCUCUUGGGUGGUUAACAACCUGAUGAAUCCGGAGCACUUUCUUCAUAUUUGUGUUUUCGUCAAAGUUCCACAAGCCAAGCCAUUACCACACGACAGGUAAAGUUGGGUUAUUUCAUAUAUAGGCUAAUUAUUGCACGUGAAAAUCUAAUUUGCUGUACAGAAUUUACACAACAGUUAAAACAUCAAUCGGUUAAUGUCAUUAUUUCUCGGCACUUCACUGUGAAAUUCAGUGUGCUUACAUACA